GCAGCAAUUCCAAAGCAAUGGAAGGUGGGUUUGGUUAAAAAAUCACAACACUGACAAGAAACUAAUCGAUAAAUAUAAUAGAAAUAAACUAAGCUCCUGUGUCAAAAGAAGAAGAUCCUACUACUUAAAUUAUUGAAUUAUUGAAUUAUUCAAUUCAAACCCCCACAUCCAACUUCACUUAACAUUAAUAUAUUACAGAACAACGUGGUCUAGUUUCAUCUUACUAUUUCCCACUUCCCCAUUUCCUGGAUCUUUCCCUUUUUCUUUACUUUUUUCCACUUGGGUUCCAUUUUCUUGAGAAAGUUUCCAGCUUUCCAAGUAAGAAAGUUCAAAACUUUGAGAGUGUGAGAGUUGAUGGUUUCUUUUGUUGAUACGAAGAAUGGAGGCGGUGAUACAGCAACAAAGGUCCUUGGCCGAGACACCAACUUAUUCAGUGGCUUCGGUUGUUACGGUUAUGGUGUUUGUGUGCCUUCUGGUUGAAAGGUCAAUCUACAGAUUUGGAAGGUGGUUAAAGAAGACUAGGAGGAAAGCUCUAUUUGCUUCUCUGGAGAAAAUUAAGGAAGAGCUGAUGCUGCUCGGGCUAAUAUCUUUGUUGUUGGCGCAAUCAGCAAGCACCAAGGAGAAUGCCAUGCUAGAAAGUUCUUCUCCUAACAAGACUGAAAUUCCAAGAGGAUUAAUUAACUUUUCUCAUCAAUGUGGUGAGGGCCAUGAACCGUUUGUUUCAUACGAGGGACUGGAGCAGCUGCAUCGUUUCUUGUUUGUACUUGGGAUCACCCAUGUGUUGUAUAGUUGUUUGGCUGUUGCCUUGGCUAUGAGCAAGAUUUACAGUUGGAGGAAAUGGGAAAAUCUAGAUGGUCCAGUGGCUGAUGCCAAUUUGCAAGCAAAGAAAAACAAAGUCAUGACCCGGCAAUCCACCUUUAUUUUUCAUCACACAUCUCAUCCAUGGAGCAGGAAUCGGCUUCUGAUUUGGAUGCUCUGCUUUCUACGACAAUUUAAGAGUUCCAUACAGAGAUCUGAUUACUUGGCUCUGCGUUUGGGCUUCAUCAGUAAGCACAAACUUCCACUUUCUUAUAAUUUUCAUAAAUAUAUGGUCCGGAGUAUGGAAGAUGAAUUUCAGGGCAUUCUGGGUAUUAGCUGGCCACUUUGGGGAUAUGCCAUAGUGUGCAUUUUCGUAAAUAUUCAUGGUUUGAAUAUUUACUUUUGGCUUUCUUUCAUCCCUGCCAUUCUUGUCAUGCUGGUUGGAACAAAGCUCCAGCAUGUAGUCUCUUCCUUAGCACUUGAAAUUGUGGAACAAACAGGGCCAGCUACUGGGACUCAAGUAAAGCCACGUGAUGAUUUGUUUUGGUUUGGGAAACCGGUGAUACUACUGAGGUUGAUACAGUUCAUCAUAUUUCAGAAUGCAUUUGAGAUGGCAACUUUUCUCUGGUCCUUGUGGGGACUUGAGGAGAGAUCAUGCUUCAUGAAAAACCACUUAAUGAUAGUUAUCCGGUUGACCUCUGGUGUUCUUGUUCAGUUCUGGUGUAGCUACAGCACAGUGCCUCUGAACGUAAUUGUCACACAGAUGGGAUCACGGUGCAAGAAAGCUCUGGUUGCCGAGAGUGUCAGAGAUUCACUCCAUAGCUGGUGCAAGAGAGUAAAGGAGAGGUCUAGACGCGAUUCUGUGCAUUCGCAUGCUACAAGGUCAGUUUGUUCACUUGAUACGACAAUUGAUGCGAGAGAUGAAAUAACAGUUGCAUCUGGCACUUUGUCUCGGAGCUCUUCCUUGGAUUCACUCCAUCAAGUAACUGUAGCGUCAGCGGAACAGCCUGAAGCUGUUCUUGAGCCGUCUGAACCACCUCAACAUGAAUACUCAUUCCGAGUGGAAGAGUAUUUAUCUGAAUCGGUAAGAAUUAGUGCAUCACAACCUCCAACCAUCAGUGACGAAGAUGAUGAAGGCAAUGGAAUGGAAGAAAAGGUGGAUACUCUUUUAGAGUUGUUUCAGAAAACUUGAGUUCUUGGCUUCUCAAGCAAGAAUUCAAAGUAUUGUUUGACAACUCUUCUUUUUUGGCAUGGUUAAAUAGAAGUUAUCUCAGAUAAUUAGGUAGAUUAUAAUGCAGCUGAGUUCAAUGUACCACUUAAAGUUCAUGUUUGGAAUAGUGGCUGAACACUGGAUGUAUAUCCUGUUAAGCAAUGCUCAAACUCAUUUCCUUCCGCUA